AUGGAGGCGGCUGUUUCUGACUGGCCAAGGUUGUACAAGCAAUCAUUCGAUCAUCUCGUACCUGGCGGUUACAUUGAAGUAAACGAAUGGGACAUUGAAGAUCACUCUCAAGCUCUGGGAGAUGAUCUGCCCCAAGAUCACAUUUAUAGGAGGUGGGCGAAGACUAUCUUCGAGGCCACUGAUAGACUAGGCAAGACCGCAAAGCAGACCAGAAACCAAGGCAUCGCAAACGCCCUGCGGGAUGCUGGCUUCGUUGAUAUCGUGGAAAAGAGCUGGCCUUUCCCAAUCGGAGGCUGGGCAUCUGAUCCUAAGUUGAAAGAAUGUGGCGCCGUUAAUCUGGAGUAUCUCGACCAAUCACUUGAAGGAUUCGGGCUCUUCUUGCUUCGACAGAUCAUGGGAUGGGAAGAUGCAGAAAUUCUUGUGUUCAUCAGCGAAAUGCGGAAGGCUUUGAGGGAUCUUAAGCUGCAGACGUAUUUAAGACUACACGUGGUCUAUGGACGGAAGCCUGAAGAGGCAGAGGUCUCUGGGGAGCAAGCCGUUGACGCACCUCUACCUUAA